AUGAACGAACUCAAAACCUGCAUUGUGGAUGGAACAAAUUGUUCGAAGCAAUUAAAGUUCGGCGUGGAACGCAUACUGUCCGAUGAAAUUUCUUCGAAGAAAACAGAUGUGCUCAGGCCACUUCCGGUGCAAUUUUCCACCGUGCGGUGCCUCUGUCCCGGAGGUUGCGUCAGGUGCGAAGGCCUUCGAAUUUGCCCCAGACCUAUAUACGGGCAAACUACGAUUCUUGGCAAUUAUGGCAACACGAAUCACGCAGGCGGAAUAAUCGAAAAUUAUGGAAACAUUUAUCGGCCAGCUCCUCUACGACCUGUCCCUCGAGCGCCGAUAACUUCCACGACGACGCCGACGAGCCAACCGGAACCCAACGCGAGAAGAAAACGAUCCUGGUCGAGGGCCGUGUUCAGCUCUUUACAGAGGAAAGGGUUGGAGAGGAGAUUUUCGUUGCAGAAAUAUAUAACCAAACCGGACAGGAGGCAGCUGGCGGCGACCCUUGGCCUAACCGACGCGCAGGUAAAGGUUUGGUUUCAAAAUCGACGAAUGAAGUGGCGGCACACGAAGGAAAGCGAGAACGCCGCUACGACGAAUCUCGAUACGCAGAAGGACUUGUCUAGGAAAUUAGGUAAGGACAAUUCGAGGAACGCGACGACGGAGAAGACUGCCUCGGAGAACGAAGAGGACGUCGAGAUCGAAGUCGACGUGUGA